UUCAUCACUCGAUGGAACUGUUUUUGCAGUGACUGUGAGCUCCCAGGUGAGAGGAGGGAAACAGGAGACCCUGUGUGCUCACAUCGACGGCCCAACGAUGCCCAUCAAAUUGACCAUCACCCUCGAGAUCGGCCCUGGCAAAACCACCAUACUCGAGCAGGCUGUUGACAAGGACUUCUAUCGCUGCUUAAACUUCCAGGUCCCCACAGUGCAUCACAGAACUGUGGCAUCCAUUAAUGUCACUAUUACGGGUGAGGGUGUCUCGAUGAGCAAGAUAACCAAAAUCAUGAUUGAGCGUCCUGCUUUCAUCCACAUCAUCCAGACUGAUAAACCCAUCUACAAACCUGGACAGAAAGUCCAAUUCCGAAUCGUCUCGAUGGAUUCCAAUUUCAUUCCUGUAGCCGACUGUACAAAGUGGUGGAGCUCCAGGAUCCCAAUUCAAAUCGCAUUGCUCAGUGGUUGGAUAGGAACCUUGUUAGCGGUAUCCUUGAUAUUUCCCACCCCAUGAUUCCUGAGGCGGUUCAGGGAAGCUACGUGAUCACUGCCACAACGGACCAAGGAGAGAAAAUAUCCCACAGCUUCGACAUCAAGGAAUACGUUUUGCCAAAAUAUGAGGUAAAGGUUGAACUACCCAAUGUGAUCUCCAUCCUGGACAAGGAGGCAACGCUAAAGAUUUGUGGAAA